UCGCUUGUGUAGUGUGUGGGCUGGGGUUAGUGGGGGCUCUUAUCUUAGCCGCACUUGGUCCGCACUUGGUCUCGGUGGGCUUUUGUGUCCGGCUUUUGCUUUGCUUUGUGUGUGGGAGUUUUUGCUUUGCUCUGCGGCGCUCCUCCCGGGCGGGAGCCGUGAGGCUCAGAGGCGACAGCGCGGUCCCCCCCGCCCCCGGGCAAGGAGCGAGCGCGCCGGCGUGAGCGGCGGGUGUGAAGGCUGCGGGGAAAGGGAUUCGUCGCGGAGAUGCCGGAGUUCCUGGAGGACCCCUCGGUCCUGACGAAAGAGAAGUUGAAGAGUGAGUUGGUCGCCAACAAUGUGACGCUCCCGGUCGGGGAGCAGCGCAAAGACGUAUACGUGCAGCUCUACCUGCAGCACCUCACGGCGCGCAACCGGCCGCCGCUCGCCGCGGGCGCCAACAGCAAAGGGCCUCCGGACUUCUCCAGCGACGAGGAGCGCGAGCCCACCCCAGUCCUCGGCUCCGGAGCCGCGGUCGCAGGCCGCAGCCGGGCCGCCGUCGGCAGGAAAGCCACAAAGAAAACUGAUAAACCCAGACUAGAAGAUAAAGAUGAUCUAGAUGUAACAGAGCUCACUAAUGAAGAUCUUUUGGAUCAGCUUGUGAAAUAUGGAGUGAAUCCUGGUCCUAUUGUGGGAACAACCAGAAAGCUAUAUGAGAAAAAACUGUUGAAACUGAGGGAACAGGGAACAGAGUCAAGAUCGUCAACUCCUCUGCCAACGAUUUCUUCAUCAGCAGAAAAUAUGAGACAGAAUGGAAGUAAUGACUCUGACAGAUACAGUGACAAUGAAGAAGACUCUAAAAUAGAGCUCAAGCUUGAGAAGAGAGAACCACUAAAGGGCAGAGCAAAGACUCCAGUAACACUCAAGCAAAGAAGAGUUGAACACAAUCAGAGCUAUUCUCAAGCUGGAAUAACUGAGACUGAAUGGACAAGUGGAUCUUCAAAAGGCGGACCUCUGCAGGCAUUAACUAGGGAAUCCACAAGAGGGUCAAGAAGAACUCCAAGGAAAAGGGUGGAAACUUCAGAGCAUUUUCGUAUAGAUGGUGCAAUAAUUUCAGAGAGUACUCCCAUAGCUGAAACUAUAAUGGCUUCAAGCAACGAAACCUUAGUUGUCAAUAGGGUGACUGGAAAUUUCAAGCAUGCAGCUCCUAUUCUGCCAAUCACUGAAUUCUCAGACAUACCCAGAAGAACACCAAAGAAACCAUUGACAAGAGCUGAAGUGGGAGAAAAAACAGAGGAAAGAAGAAUAGAAAGGGAUAUUCUUAAGGAAAUGUUUCCCUUUGAAGCAUCUACACCAACAGGAAUUAGUGCUAGUUGCCGCAGACCAAUCAAAGGGGCUGCCGGCCGGCCAUUAGAACUCAGUGAUUUCAGGAUGGAAGAAUCUUUUUCAUCUAAAUAUGUUCCUAAAUAUGUUCCCUUGGCAGAUGUCAAGUCAGAAAAGACAAAAAAGGGACGCUCUAUUCCCAUGUGGAUAAAAAUUUUGCUGUUUGUUAUUGUGGCCAUUUUUUUGUUUUUGGUCUAUCAAGCUAUGGAAACCAACCAAGGAAAUCCAUUCAUUAAUUUUCUUUCUAAUAGCUCUGUAAAAUCCAACUGAAUGAUAUCUCUUUGGCACACACUCAAUUUGGUCUCCUUAUUUUUUCUAAUAACUGUAUAAAAAAAAUUUGUGUAUACUUGUUGACUUGAGAACUAAAAAUAAUGUGAUUUCACCUGAAUAAAUGUGGUAUUCCAUUGAAAAGCAAAGCAGGAUAUAUAAAUGGACUUCAUUUAAAUGUUUUGGACUUUGGACUAGUAGGAGAUCACCUCGUGCCAUAUAAUAAUCUUUUUUAGCUCUGGAACUUUUUUGUAGGCUUUAUUUUUUUAAUGUGGACAUCUUAUUUCACUUUUGAGAAAAAUGUAUAUUGUUUUUGUGUAUUUGGGAAACAAGAAGGGCAAAACAUGAUAGUGUAAUGUGAAGCUACACAUUUAAAUACUUUGAAUUCUUACAGAAAAGAUUUUAAGAAUUCUCUGCUGUAUAAAAACUUUAGAGAUAUGUGAAACAUGAAAUUCGGUAAGAAAAAACAUAACUUGGGUUGUACUUUUUGUAAUUGCCAUAGGUUUGAUGUGUUUAUGGGGGAACAUACAGCAAUAAUCUCUUCUGUAACUUUUAUUAAUAGUAAUUAUUAUAGCCCUAUUGUACUCACUUUUUAAAAGAUUUCUAGUAUCAUGAAUGUCCUACUUCAGUAAGACCCAUUUAAAUGCUGUUGAUAUUUUAGCAGGGAUCUUUAGCGCAACAUACACGUUUUAGAGAACUGUUAGCUGGCUGUACAUGUUUUUAGAAACUGUUUAGCUAGCUAUAAGGCUGUAAUUGGAAACCUGUACUUUUUAUUUACAGCGAGACAUUCUGUCCAAAUAUUUCUUAGAUAAAUAAGUGUGUGUCUGUUUAGAAGUUAGAAACUUUAAACACUGGUCUUAGGUUCCAUUUGGGUUUAUUAUUGCAUUGUCUUCUGUUAACCAAAAACAAAAUUUGCCUGGUUUUUUUUUGCCCAAUUAUUUCCCAACAAAAUUUGAUUUAAGUGCAGAAAGUAUUUACUUUGAAAUGACAUAGUAAACUUUUCUUAGAUACAAAGUAGUUAAUACAUAAAUUUGUAAACUUUGAAUAUGAAGUGGGCAUUAUGAUUUUUGUAUACUCUUGAAAUGGUUAACUUAUCUUUGUGGUUGAUUUAUUUUAUUUUUUAGCUAAAACUUACCUCAUGUAUAACUUGGUUAAGUAAAAUAAUAGGUAAUUGAAAUUUUAGUAGAAUCAAGUAAAACAAAAAUUCAUUUCAAUUUCAACUUCACAGUCAUUGACCAUAAAGCACACUAAAGUUGUAAGUUAUUUUAAAUAUCAUCUGGAAUAAAAAGAUACUUUUAAAGUAAAAAGCUUAAUAUGUAUAUUUAGACCACACAAUUUUGAUUUCAUUAGCUGUAUUCUGAUAUUUAGCUUCUAAAUAUUUUGUAGACAUUUUUCACUUACUUUACAGUUGAUCGGAAACAUUUGGUAGGUUUGGUCCCACAGGGGAGUGGAAAACUUACUCCUAGAUCAGAAAUGCUUGCCUCUUUGAGUAAAAGUGUUUCUUUGAAAUGAGCCACAGAGGGGGCACAUUUUACUCAUCUUUUCUACAGUACAGUAAUAGCAGUCUAGUUUUUCUUGUUUCUAAACUUUGCUUCCCAUAUAGUUUUCAAUCUUUUUUUUAUUAGAAAUUGUGAGAAACUACAUUUAAUGAUUAAAAAUAUGGGAAGAUAAUCAAACUUAUAUGUGUGUAAGAUCAGUUUUCUAAUAGGAAAGGUAUGGUCCAAAAUAGUAAAAAGUAGGACCAGGUAAAAUAUUUAGUCUUUUUUUUUUUUUUUUUUUUUUUUUUUAUGUGUACUUGGUCUUUUGUCUGUGUCUGUUUUAUUCCACUAGAAUAAAUGUGUCCUUGAUGUAAAUGCAAAGCAUUUCUUCCUGAUUAAAUUGUAGAUGUAGACUUUACAAUAUAAUUCAAUAAUAAAAAAGUAAUUAACCUCUAGUUUUGUCAUUGUAGUAAAUGCUUUUUAGAUAGCACAAACUAUAAGAUGCCUGAUAACAUUUCUUAUGUGAUGUUUAUGGAUUGUCGAGUUUUAGUUCUUGUUUCAGUUUGCUCCUUAAUGUUUUGCUUCUAAUCAUUUCAUAAUCAGCUCCUCAUUUGUUCACGGGUAAGCAGUGUAUAGCCAUUACACUCACAGAAUGAUACAGGGAAGCUUCCAGAGGCACCUCCCCAACUCUACAAUAUAGUGAUAUAGAACAAUAUAACAUCCUUUUCUUAGUACUUAAUUUCUGACACUCAUUGUUAGUCUUGCUUUGAGAUGAAGCAAAGAUGUUGCCAAGGUGUAGUUAGCAUGGAGCUGUGACCAUAAGAUGAAAGUUCUCUCUCCAUUUAUGUGUUCCCCAAAGGUGAUUUUAUUUAGUGAUUUUUAAAGUAAUACACACACAUACAUAUACAUACUAUAAUUAGUACAUAGCAUUAAAGGCUUACCAUGCUUAUUAGAUGCAUACCAUGUGCUAGAUACUGUUUUAUGCACUUGAUAGAUAUUGACUUAAUCCUUAUGGUAAUCCUAUGAAGUAGAUAUUUUCUUACUCUCUCAUUACAAAUGAAGAAAUUAAUGCUCAGAGGGGUUAAGAAAUUUGCUGAAGUUUGAACAGCCGGGAUGUGAUUACAUAUGAUAAUUGGUCUGAUUACAUAUAAUAUGGCAGAGGGGAUAUGAAAGACUAACACUCUACAUACACACUGUAUACCAGUUUUUCUUGUUCAGCCUUGCUUCUUCUACAGUUUUGGUGCCUCUAAGUUGCAAACUUCAUUAGGGAUUCUUUAAGCUUCACUUCUAGUUUUAAUCUUUCUCUGCAGCCAUUUAAGUUUCAUUCCCUUUUACUUUAAAAAAAAUAAAUUUGACAUAAUACAUUGUAUAAAUUUAAUGUGUAUGUGUUAUUUUUAUACAUUUAUAUAUUGUAAUAUGCUUGCUGUUGUAGUGAUUUAUCACAUUAUGUAAUUAUGGUGCAGUAUGGUUGUUUAUACUGAAGACCAAGCGUUCUUCAUAAAUAAUAGAAUAUUCAAAGUCCAAAGUUUGCUGAAAAUUAUUUUUAGUUUGGCAUCAUAAUCAUAGUACCUUAAAAUACAUUGAUCAGUAUCACCUUAUCUUAUCAUGAAUUGUAUACCAACUUUUAAUUGCACUUUCUCCUUAAAUUUAAAACAAAGAUCUCAGGGGUGCCUGACUGGCUCAGUUGGAAUUGCAUGUGACUCGAUCUCAGGGGUUGUGAGCUCAAGCUCCACGUUGAAUGUACAGAUUACUUAAAUAAACUUAAGACUUCAAAUAAAAGACUUUUUUUAAAUAAAAGACUUCAAAGUAACUCUUGCGAUUAAAUUAUAUUAAUUUCCUUACAUAUUUUCUGAUUUAUAUUUAUUUGCACACCCCAUUUUUUAAGUUUCAUUUUCUUGUUUUUUGUUUUUUUUAGGUUUUAUGUAUUUAGUUUGAGAGAGAGAAAGCGAGGAUGGGUGGGGUGGAGGGAAAGAGAGACAAUCCCAAGCAGGCUCCACACUGAUAGUGUGGGCUCAGUCACGACUGUGAGACCACAACCUGAGCCAGAGUCUGACACUUAACCAAGACUGAGCCACCCAGACACCCCUUCUGUUUUUUUUUAAGUUUAUUUAUUUAUUUUGGAGAAGGAGAGCAUGAAAGAGGCAGAGAGAGGGAGACAGAAUUCCAAGCAAGCUCUGUACCAUCAGUGUGGGGCUCAAACUCAUGAACUGAGAUCAUGACCUGAGCGGAAGUCAGAUGCUUAACCACCUGAACCACCCAGGGGCCCACAUUUUUUUAAAUUAAUUGUUUAUUAUUUUUGAGAGAGAGUGCACAAGUGGGGGAGGAGUAGAGAGAGAAGGAGAUGCAGAAUCUGAAGCAGGCUCCAGGCUCUGAGCCGUCAGCAGAGUCUGAUGGGCUCAAACCCAUAAACUGCGAGAUCAUGAUUUCAGCCAAAGUGGGAUGCUUAACUGACUGAGUCACCUAGGUGCCCCAAUAUUUAGUUUUGAAAGAGAGAGAGCAGGGGAGGGGCAGAGAAAGAGGGAGACACAGAAUCUGAAGAGGCUCCAGGCUCUGAGCCGUCAGCACAGAGCCUGACACGGGACUCGAACCCACGAACCAUAAGAGCAUGACCUGAGCCAAAAGUUGGACACUUAACUGACUGAACCACCCAGGCACCCACAUUUUCUUUUCUUUUCUUUUUUUUUUAAAUUUUAAUUAUGGUAUAGUUAAUAGUUUGAGGUGUACAAUAUAGUGAUUUGAUAGUUUUAUGCCUUCUCAGUGGUCAUCAAGAUAAGUUUACUCAUGGAGUUCCUGGGUGGCUCAGUUAAGCAUCCAACUUGAUUUUAGCUCAGGUCAUGAUCUUGCGCUUUGUAGGGUUGAGCCCCAUGUCAGGCUCUGUGCUGACAGCGUGGAGCCUGCUUGGGAAAUAUCAGUGUACUCUUAAUUCCUUUCACCUAUUUCACCCAUCCCCUACCCACCCACUCUGGGAACCAUCUGCUUGUUCUCUGUGGUUAAGAGUCUAAUUUUUGGUUUAUUUUUCCCUUGUUGAUUUCCUAAAUUCCACAUAUGAAUGAAAUCCUAUGGUAUUUAUCUUUGACUUUCAUUUAGCAUUUUUUGACAUUCACUUUUUUCACAUUUUUUACUUUGACAUAGCAUUAUACUCUAGAUCCAUCCAUUUGUUGCAAAUGUUAAGAUUUCAUUCUUUUCUAUAGUUGAAUAAUAUUCCAGUGUGUAUGUGUGCGUGUGCACACACUACAUAUAUAUACACACCACAUCAUCUUUAUCCAUUUAUGUAUCAGUGGACACUUGGGCUGAUUCCAUAAUUUGACUAUUGUAAGUCAUGUUGUGGGGUGCCUGGGUGCUCAGUUGGUUAAGUGUCCAACUCUUGAUUUCAGCUCAGGUCAUGAUCUCUUGGUCAUGAUUGAGCCCCACAUUGGGCUCUGUGCUGAGCUGAGCGUGGAGCCCGAUUAAGAUUCUCUCCCUCUACCCUUUAAGUUUAUUUAUUUUGAGAGAGACAGCACUAACAGGGAAGGGGCAAGGAGUGAGAGGUGGAAAGAAUGAAUCCCAAGCAGACUCUGCACUGUCACUGCAGCCCCACCUGGGGCUCAAACUCAUGAACCCACAAACUGUGAGAUCAUGAUCUAAGGUAAAAUCAAGAGUCAGAUGGGGCGCCUGGGUGGCUUGGUCGGUUAAGCAUCCGACUUCGGCUCAGGUCAUGAUCUCACGGUCCGUGAGUUCGAGCCCCGCGUCGGGCUCUGUGCUGACAGCUCAGAGCCUGGAGCCUGCUUCCGAUUCUGUGUCUCCCUCUCUGACCCUCCCCCAUUCAUGCUCUGUCUCUCUCUGUCUCAAAAAUAAAUAAACGUUAAAAAAUUAAAAAAAAAAAAAAAGAGUCAGACACUCAACCAACUGAGCUGCUCAGGCACCCCACUGAGUUUUUUGAUUUAGCCAUUCAGACAGGUGUGAAGUGCUAUCAUUGUGGUUUGGGAUGCCUUUCUGUGAUGAUGAGUGAGUGAUGAUGAACAUCUUUUCAUGUGUCUGUUGUCUAUGUCUUUGAAGAGAUGUCUGUUCACGUCUUCUGCCCAUUUUUAAUUCGAUUACUUGGUUUUUUUCAUAAUGAGUUGUAUAAGCUCUUUAUAUAUUUUUGAUGCUAACCCUUUAUCAGGUAAUGUCAUUUGCAAAUAUCUUCUAUCAGUAGGUUGUCUUUUGUUGAUUGUUUCUUCUGUUGUGCAGAAGCUUUUUAUUUUGUUGUCCCAAUAGUUUAUUUUUGCUUUUGUUUCCCUUGCCUCAGGAGACACCUAGAAAAGUGUUUCUGUGGCUGAUGUCAGUGAAAUUACUGCUUGUGCUCUCUUCUAGGAUUUUUAUGGCUUCAGGUUUCACAGUUAGGUCCUUAAUCCAUUUUGAGUUUAUGUACAGGGUAAGAAAGUGGUCCAGUUUUAUUCUUUUGCAUAUGACUAUCCCGUUUUCCCAGCACUAUUUGUUGAGACUUUUUCCCAUUGCAUAUUUUUGCCUUUUUUGUUGAAGAUUUUCUAUUUCUUAAUCUUUUCCAUUUUCAUACUGGGUUUUGAAAUAUAUUGUCUUUGACAUCUCACUUCUCCCGGUUUUCAUCAUUGUAAACAUUUUUAAAUUCCCUUCAGUAAUAGAGUCUCAACAGAAAGUGGCAACUUGAUCAGUCUUUCACCUUGAAUUAGCAGUCACAGAGUGCUUUUCAAAGUUUAUAUACCAUCUUCCUCUCACAAAGAUUUGGGAAGGAGGUAGAGAAGGAGACCCCCAAGUUUUGAGUGCAGGGUGACUCCCAACAGAUCAAUUCUGUUUUGUUCUGGUAUAGAAUCGUGAGUUUAACUGACAUUUGAUGGCAUUUAUGCUACAUGUACAGUGGGUUUUUUUGUUGUUGUUGUUUAAUGUUUAUUUAUUUUUGAGAGAGAGAGGGAGACACAGAAUCUGAAGCAGGCUCCAGGCUCUGAGCUGUCAGCACAGAGCCUGAUGCAGGGCUGGAACUCAUGAACCAUGAGAUCAUGACCUGAGCCGAAGUCAGAUGCUUAGCCAACUGAGCCACCCAGGCGCCCCAACAUUCACAGUAUUUUUAAAUUGAUUAUAAAAUUUUAUCACCUACUUCAGCAAAUAUUUAUUUGAUGCCUCUGUGUCGGGUAUAAUUUUUGGCUUGCAGGAUGCAGUUUUAGAAAUGUCUUUGAACUUGUCUUAGGCACUCUUAUGAGAAGUAGUUUUUUUUUUAAUGUUUUAAUUUUUUUUUUUUUUUUUUUUUUUUUUUUUUUUUUUUUUUUUUUUUUUUGAGAGAGACAGCAUGAGCGGGAGAGGGGCAGAGAGAGAGGGAGACAUAGAAUCUGAAGCAGGCUCCAGCCUCUGAGCUGUCAGCACAGAGCCUGAUGCGGGGCUCAAACUCACAAACCACAAGAUCAUGACCUGAGCCAAAGCCAGCUGCUUAACCAACUGAACCACUCUGGAGCCCUGAAAAGUAGUUUUAAAAAAGAAGAAAAAAAACCAUUUGACUGUUUCAACUAAUAGCAAUAUAGGUUUAUCAGCAGUUUCAAUAUUUAUUGUUGCCUAUUUUCUUUACCUAAUUGAAGGACAUUAGUAAUGUUUAACCUUUGUAAGUCAAAGGACCAAAAAUUUGUCAGAGCUUAUUGGGAAUAAAUUAUGAAAAUACAAUUCUUUUUUUUUUUUUCAUUAUUUUUAAUGUUUAUUUUUUGAGAGAGAGAGAGAGAGAGUGCAAGAGUGGUAGGGCAGAGAGAGAGGGAGACACAGAAUCCAAAGCAGGCUCCAGGCUCUGAGCUGUCGGCACAGAGCCCGACGUGGGACUUGAACUCACAGACUGCAAGAUCAUGACCUGAGCCAAAGUUGGAAGCUUAACUCACUGAGCCACCCAGGUGCCCCUAAGAAAAUAGAAUUCUAAUCAAAUGUUUUUAUACUAAAUCACUAUGGACUUUAUUGUCCAGGAUUUAAAAUAUUGAUCUUGUGACUGAAUAAUUUGAAAUUGUGAGGCAGUGUAAAAUGUAUCUGUUUUGUCUUAGUAACAGAAAUUAGCAUAUCAUGGUUAUGGCUUAAUUAGAAGAAAUAAGUUGUCUGUUAGUAUGUAACCUCAAGACUUAGCAACUUAAGACAAUUUUUGCCAUUUGUAUGGGUCAGAAAUCAGGGAGUGACUUGGUUGUGUGGUUUCAUGACUUUGUAGUUAGAGCUGCAGUAUCAUCUAAAAGCUUGAUUAGGGCAGAAUCUUACUCAAGCUCACAGGAUAGUGGGUAGGCCUGAGGUUCCUUACUGAGUUCCUCCAGCUGUUGGGUGAAGACAUCAAAGGUUACCUGAGUGCCCUCAUGCUGUGGCCGCUGACUUCUCCCACAGCAAUCCAAGAGAGACGGUGCACCCAUGAUUGAAACCACAGUAUUAACAUAACCUAGUCUUGGAAAUGACACACCAUCACUUUUUUCUAUAUAUUCUGUUGGUCUUACAGAGAAGUGAAAAUACAGAGAAAGUAUUAACAAAAGAGUGAGGACCAAGAGGCAGGGGUGAUUAGGGUGCAUCCUGUAUGGUUUGGCUACCACAACUGUCUUAAACUGACAAGUUAUAUGAAUAUUUAACUUGGUCAUUUGGAGACUGUUAAAUACUGCUUUGGAAUUCAUAUUGACGUUUUCUUUGUUCAGUUUCAUAUGUUCAUCAUUCCAAAAAUUGAUUAUAAAAUUAAAUGAAUGAAUAGCAAUAAGGCUGGAGAGAGAAGUAGAUUUAUCACUCAGAGGUAAAUUCAAUAGACUUGAUUAAUAAGAUGGUCAGAGAGGACUAAAAUUACCUAGAAAUGUUUUACUUGGUUGGCCUAGUGGAAGGUGGUGCCAGUCACUGAAAGAAUUCUAAAAGAAUACUAAAUAUAGGAAGAAGAUAGAUUUUGGGUUUGAAUAUACUGAAUUUGAUAACCCUAUGAGAAAUACUAGCAUCUAACACAAUACUUGACACGUAGUAAGCACUCAGAUACUAUAGGAAUAAAUCUAGAUGAAGAUCAUCUGUUGGCAGUUAGGAUCUGAAGCUUAGAGAAAUUAGGAAUAGUUGGGGGUCCAUAGAAAGUGAUAAAUUCUGGGGCACCUGGGUGGCUCGGUCGGUUGAGCGUCCGACUUUGGCUCAGGUAAUGAUCUCUUGGUCUGUGAGUUCGAGUCCCGCGUUGGGCUUUGUGCCGACAGCUCAGAGUCUGGAGCCUGCUUCAGAUCCUAUGUCUGCGUCACCCCUGCUCAUGCUCUGUCUCUCUUCGUCUUUCAAAAUUGAAUAAAUGCUAAAAAAAUUUUUAAAAGAAAAGAAAGUGAUAAAUUCCAAGUGAUGGGAAUGUAAUAUCCACAGAUGUGGAAGUGUGAAAGAGCUAAGGAUGAUUAUCCAUAUUUAAGGAAUGGAAUGAAUGAUGAAGGAAGACUAGGAGCAUGCAGUUGUCACUGAAAAGAGCAUUUUUUAAAAUUUUUAUUUAAAUCCAAGUUAGUUAACAUAUAGUGUAGUAAUCGUUUCAGGAGAAUUUAGUGAUUCAUCACUUACAUAUAACACCCAGUGUUCACCCCUCCAGCAAUGUUCAGUUUGAUUUAAGAAUCUGAAGAGAGCAUUUUAAGAAGAGUAGGUCCAUAGUAAUGUGGAGUAAAUAUGGGCAGAGAAAUGAUGUCUACUAAAUUUACCAUCAGAUGACUUUGGUGAAAAUUUCAGUGUUAUGGCAGGAGCAGAAGUGUAGAUAGUUCUAAGAAUAGUGCGCAGUGGCUUGAGACUUGGCAAUAUGUUAAGGAAGGGCUUUGGUUUGUGCCUAAAAUGAGACUAUACAGCCCCACACAGUUCAAGAAACAGUAUUACCAAUCCCCCCCCCGCCCCAGACUCCUCUCCCUUCUAGUUUCUAUGCCUCCCCAACACCCCACCUAGAGUAACCACUGUGCUAACAACAUGGAUUUUUUUGUUGUUGCUUUGUAAAUAAAGUCAUACAUUAAUUAUAUGUACUCCUUUGGAUUUCACUUAACAUUGUGAGAUUAAUCCAUAUAAUUAUAUGUAGUGGUAGGUUGUUUAUUGUCAUUGGUAUGUUGCAUUUAAUUGUAUGGAUAUAGUAUAAUUUAUCCAUUUAACUUUUAAUGGGUAUUUGGGUUGUUCCAAGGUUUUGGCUAUUACCAAAAAAUGCUGCCAUGAACAUUUCUUUGUAUCCUUUGGUGGAUACAUAUAUAUGUAUUUCUGUCUAUUGGGUUAUAGAGUCUGCUUAUGUGCCAAUGACAACUUUCAUAUUGAUUUGUAGUUCUUUAAUUUUUUUUUUUAAUGUUUAUUUAUUUUUGAGACAGAGAGAGACAGAGCAUGAAUGGGGGAGGGUCACAGAGAGAAGGAGACACAGAAUCUGAAACAGGCUCCAGGCUCUGAGCUGUCAGCACAGAGCCCGACGCGGGGCUCGAACCCACGAACCGUGAGAUCGUGACCUGAGCCGAAGUCAGACGCUUAACCGACGGAGCCACCCAGGCGCCCCGAUUUGUAGUUCUUAAAUGUUCUGGAUACUAGCCCUUUGUCAGCAUACCGGAUUCUAGUCAGGAGGCAGAAAUGACAUCAGUUAUUUGAACAGAAAUAAUUUAAAGAAUGACUAACCAGAGGCACCUGGCUAUCUCAGUAGAGUUUGUGACUCUUGAUCUCAGGGUUGUGAGUUUGAGCCCCACAAUGGGGACAGAAAUUACUUCUAAAAAAAUUACUAACCAGUCAUAAAAUUAUGAGCUAGGUAACUGAAAAGGUAACAAGAAUUUUGAGAUAAUAUGGAUAUGGCAAUUGCAGCAGAAAUAUAUGUAUCACUUCAUAAUUCAUUCAUGCAUUUGUCAGUGAAAGGAUGGUUUUUAAAAAUAAAUAUAGAGGGGGCACUUGGUGGCUCAGUCGGUUAAGCAUCCAACUCUUGAUUUCAGCUCAGGUCAUGAUAUCAUGGUUUGUGGGAUCGAGCCCCAUGUUGGGCUCCAUGCUGUCAGUGCAGAGACUGCUUGGGAUUCGCUCUCUCCCUAUCUGCCCCUCCCCUGCUCACUCACGUGCUCUCUCUCUCUCUCUCUCAAAAUAAACGCUUAAAAAAAUUUUUUUUUAAUGUUUAUUUUUGAGAGACAGAGAAAGAGAACGAGAAGGGGAGGGGCAGAGAAAGAGGGAGACACAGAAUCUGAAGCAGGCUCCAGGCUCCGAGGUGUCAGCAUAGAGCCCAACACAGGGCUCGAACGCACGAACGGUGAGAUCAUGACCUGAGCCAAAGUCUGACGCUCAAUCGACUGAGCCACGCAGGCGCCCCAAUAAACAUUUUUUAAAAAAUAACAAAUAUAGGGAAUAGUCAGUGACAUUGUAAUAGUGUUGUAUGAUGACAGACAGUAGCUACACUUGAGCUAACUUAGCAUACAUAUGGACUUGUGUUGUACAUCUAAAACUAAUGUAACGCUGUGUCAACUAUAAAAAACAUGCCUUAGAAGAAAGUUCCCCAGUGGGAUUUCAGAUACAAUAAAAUAUUCUCUCACCCAAGCAUCAACAGAACCACAUGGUAUUGUGUUCAGCACAUCACAAAGCCUUUUAACACUUCUGUUAGAGUCAUUGAAGGUAUUCACAAAUACAGACCCAGACAUGCAGUGUAGUUUUAUGCUUCUGAAGUUCAGUUGGCUGGUCCUACACGCCCAUUAUGCUAUUUCAGCAAAUACAAGCUAGUCAUUGCCAAGUAAAAAAAAACAAAAACAAAAAAAGUGUCAGAGAAAUAAGAUCUCUACAUAGGAAAAACUUAACCCCUAACUCCUAUUAUGCACAAAAAAUUAAUUUGAGGUGGAUCAUUGACCUAAAUGUGAAAGUUAAGUCAAGCUCCAAAAAAAAAAAAAAAAAAAAAAAAAAAAGGUAACAUCUUGACCUUAGAGUUGGCAAACAUUUUAAAAAUAGGAUCCAAAAAGCACUGACCAAUUUAAGAAGUAUAAAUCAAAAAGACCUUGCUAAAAAGUAAACGAAUGAAAGAAUGGCAGGAGAUGUUCUGGAUACAUGUAUUUAAAAGUCCCACAAAUCAGUAAGAAAAAGACAACCCAAAUGAAAACUAACAAAACUUGAAAAGCCCUUAAAAAAGGAAUAUCCAAAUAAGCAUUUGAAAAUGUUGAAGGCUGACGACAUCAAGUGUGAGCCCGCUAAUGGAGCAACUAGAACUGCAGCACAAUGACUAUUUGGCAUACUAUCUGGUAGUACUGUAGAAUGCUAAAUGAUGUAGCAGUUCCAGAGCUGGAAGUUUCCUCCAUGGACUGCACAGCUCCCACAGGUGCUUUUCUAGCCUGGACACUCCUCCCCAGGUACUCCUCUGGUUCAGGUGCAGACCAUCUCCAGCGCUAGCUAUUCUUUUGACAGGACUCUGCUCCAGGGCUGCCUGGCAUCUGGGGGUCUCCUUGGAGCUAAAGCUGUUCUGGUAGAAGCUGAGGUCACUGAUGUCUUCAGCUGCCUCCAUGAGUGAGGCAAACCAAGGCAUCGUGGGACCCUCAGAGCCUGGGCAUGGCCUAUGCGGGUAGGCGUGCUGGGGGUUGUGGUCCUCUCGUUUCACUUGCUGCCAAGUGCCACCUCUGCCACAAAUACUGUGCCAGCUACCAGCACUGCCUGCUGCCCAGGACAGGAAAGGGGGUCUGCCUGGAGGUGGGUGAAGACGAGGAUGAUGGCUCAUCGAGGACAAUUACAUUCAGCUUGGGGCUGGUGGGCAGGGGACAGAGGGUAGCAGGGACCAGUUUUCCUUCUUGAUCCCUGAUCUUCAGACACCCCACCUACCCAUACCUGAUAGCUUGAGGAUAGUGGAUACUACAUGGGGGCCACGAGCCUCAGGGACAGAGGUAUCUAGGACUUAAGGGCUAACCAGGGCAGGGCAAUCUUCCCUUCCCUGACACUAGCUACUAAAGUGACAAAUCUCUUGCUCAAUAACCCGCAGUGGCUCCUUGCUGUUCUCAGGACAACUACCAAGGCCCAGCUAGGGGAAAUAAGGCCUCUGUCAGCCUCUUGGUUCCCUUUCUUUGAGUUUCCCAACUUCACUCCCUCCCUAAACUACAUGGUGUUUCUCCAUGCACUUUUUGUUCACACUCUCUUCCCAGCCUAUACUGUCCUUCUGUCCUCGCAAAUCCUCUAUGACAGUGAUGAAGAUCCCUGGCCAAUAGACCCCUUAUAGCCCACCUAUCUGCCAGCAUUUCAGAUGUGCCCAGAUGAUAACAUUUUAGCAGGUGAAAAACAAUGUGCCAAGUUUCGUACUGAAAUUUUUUCUUAUCAGUAAAGUGAACAAUCUAAAUGGUUACACUCUAUUACAUUUUUCACGGGUAUUAAUCUAUUUUCAAAAACAAUCUUUUCAUUUAAAAUUCUUUUAUUUUUGAGAGAGAGACAGAGAGACAGAAAACCAGUGGGGGAGGGGCAGUGAGAGAGGGAGACAGAAUCUGAAACAGGCUCCAGGCUCUGAGCUGUCAGCACAGGGCCCGAUGUGGGGCCUGAACUCACGAACCGUGAGAUCAUGACCUGAGCCGAAGUCAGACACACAACUGACUGAGCCACCCAGGCACCUCUAUUUUCAUUUUAAAUGAAAGUAAGAAAAAAUUAAUAAAUGAUGUAGCAAUUCCAUUCAGGUAUUUACCCAUGAAGCAUGAAAACAUCCACCAAAAAAUACUAGCUUCAUUGGUAGAUGCCUGUAAUAGUUUUUAUUCAUAAUAUCUCCCCUAGGAUAUAGUUCACAUGUCUGUCAACAGAGAAUAGGUAAAUGUAGAAUGCACAUAGUGGACUAUCAGAUAGCAAUAAGUAAUCUACAGUUUCAUGUAACAAUGUGGAUGAAUGGCCCAGACAUCAUGUUGAAUGGAACAAGCCUGGGACUCCCUUAAUAUGUGAAUGGUUAAACCAUUCAUACCACGGAAUCCUUGGCAAUAAAAAAAUACAGACUAUUGCACAAUUUGUAUGGAACUCAAGAGAUCAUGCUGAGUGAAAAGACAAUCUCAAAAGGUCUUAUACUAUGUGAUUCAAUUUAUGUAACACUAUAAAUGACAAAAUUGUAGAGAUGGAAAAUAGGUUAGUAGUCACCUAGUGUUGGGGAGACUGCUGGGGGAGAGUGAGUGAGUGUGACUGAAGGCUCAAGGAAGAUAUCUGUGGUGACGGAAUACCAAUGUUUCUUGACUGCAGUGGUGAGUCGACACAUCUACACGUGUGAUGAGGUGUUCUUACUGGGCAUUUGUAUAUUGUCUUUUAUGAACUGUUUGUUUAAAUCUUUUGCCCAUUUGGGGGGUUGUUUUCUUACUGAGUUGUAGGAGCUGUUUAUGUAUUCUCAAUGCUUCCCUAUGUUGUUUUAAGCAACUAAGUUUUAUAUUUCUUUUACUGUAUAACAGUUGAUAACUGAUAUGUAUAGAACACCUCAUUACAACAAAGACAGAAUGCAUGUUGCUUUAAUUUUCUAUUGCUACCAUAACAAAUAACCAUAAAUUUAGCAACUUAAAACAAUAGCUAUUGUUUAAACAACUUAAAACAAUAGCUAUUGAGCACCGCUGGCUCAGUCCAUAGAGCAUGUGACUCUUGAUCUCAGGUCAUGAGUUUGAGCCCCACAUUGGAUGCAGAGAUUACUUAAACAAAAAUAGCCAUUUAUUAUUUCAGUUUCCAUGAGUCAGAAGUAUGGGCACAGCGUGGCCCAGGCUGAGUUCUCUGCUUAGGGUCUCAGAACACCAAAAUCAAGGAUUCAGUAGGGGAAGUCUCUGGGGAAGAAUCCACAUCCAAAUACCUUCAAGAUUGUGGCAGGAUUCAAUUUCUUACGCUUUGCACCUGGCCCGUCUUCAUCCUCAAGCCAGCAAAGACUGCUGAGUCCUCACAUUUUGACUCUGCCUUGUUCUGCUUUCAAGGGCUCAUGUGAUGAUAGGCCUAUUUGGAUAAUUCAGGAUGAUCUCCCUAUUUUAAUCAUUAUAUCUUCAAAGUCCCUUUGUCAUAUAAUGUAACAUAUCCACAAAUUAACACGAGGAGGUGAAGGAGGAGUCAAAAUUCUGCCUAUUGUACAUGUUCUUUUCAACUGGAACUGGAACAUUAAUCAAAAUUGACCAUAAUGUUGGGCCAUAAAACAAAAAAACCUCAAAGUUUUAAAAGACUGAAAUAUUUCAUAGCAUAUUCUCUGACUAUAGUGCAUUUGAGCUAGAAAUCAAUAAAGAACAGUACUGAGAAAAUCUGUUAUUGGAAAUUAAACAAUGUACUUUCAAAUAACUUAUGAAUCAAAAAAGGGUACAAUAGAAAUUAGAAAAUUUUUGACCUGAGUGAUGUUAAAGAUAUAACUAGGAAAACUUGUGAGGUAUAAUCAGUGAUUAGGUAAAAUUUUGAAAGCUUUCCAUUUGAAACCAAGAAUUAAGACAAUGUCUACCAUCAUCAUUUUUAUUCAUCAUUGCACUGGAGUUCUUAAAUAACAAGAAGGCAGAAUAAAUAAAAA